AGUCUCACGGACAGCGGUGUUCAAGAAAUGCAUAUCUUGUCAACUAAAUGUGUCAAUCUUGUCGCUAGCCAAAUUUGAAUGCCUAAUUGACAAUUCUGCCAAGUUAAAGGGGUUUAUUCGGCCUAAUCCUAGUUAAUGUGUGCACCCAACAUGUCAGGUCCUGAAUGCUGCAAGAAUCCACCAACAUUAAGCUCAAGUAGUGGAAAUGGGUGUGUGUUACAACUUGGAGGGUUCAAUACAUACGUUUCUGGUCUUUCCACUUCCAAACUCGCCAUUCUCCUCGUCUCUGACGUUUACGGUUAUGAAGCACCAAAUCUGAGGAAGAUUGCUGACAAAGUUGCAGCUGCAGGAUACUAUGUGGUGGUUCCUGAUUUUCUUUAUGGUGAUCCUUAUAAUCCUGAAAAUACGGAGAGGCCUUUAUCAAUAUGGAUGCAAUCACAUGAUAAAGAUAAAAGAUUUGAAGAUGCAAAACGGGUUGUUGCAGCUCUAAAGGAUAAAGGUAUAUCUGCUAUUGGAGCUGCAGGGUUUUGCUGGGGUGCAAAGGUGGUUACUGACCUAGCUAAGAUUGACUACAUUCAAGCUGCUGUGCUAUUGCACCCAUCAUUAGUCAAGGUUGAUGAUAUUAAAGAGGUGAGGGCACCAAUAGCUAUUUUAGCUGCUGAGAUAGAUAAAAUCUCUCCUCCCGAGCGUAUUAAGCAGUUUGAGGAGAUUUUAUCAUCAAAACCUGAGGUGGACAGCUUUGUCAAAAUAUUUCCUAAUGCUAAGCAUGGGUGGACAGUGAGAUACAAUGUUGAAAACAAAGAGUCUGUGCAGCGUGCUGAAGAAGCCCACCGGGACAUGUUGGAUUGGCUUACCAAGCAUGUCAAGUACAGUGUGAAGGGAAGUGGAUUUAGCAGUGUCCGAAGUCCCCGUUCCUCUAUGUAACUUGGCUAUUACUUAGAUGACACAAGCAAACAACUACAAUAAAUCUGCAGUUUGCUUCAUCAGUAAUUCCAUACACUGUCAGUGUAGUGACUCUACUUUAGAGUUAUGUUUGGCUCCAUGAACAAGACAUAAGAUGUCUGGUUUAGAUCUGUUCAGGGCCAUGUACAGUCACCAAGUUAUCGGACAUGUACUUCCCAACUUGCUGAUUGGCCUUAAAAUGAUUCUUAAGCUGGGUGUAUAAUGUGGGCAAAGCAUUCAGAAAUUUGUCGAUUGACACAGCUACCCUUGUCCAAGUGGAGUGAAUUCACACCCCUUCGCCGAAAAAUUACACGGUGUAGAUAGGUUUAUUUUAUUUUAUGUAUAGAUAAUAUAUAUUGAAUCCCCUUGACUUCGUGUUGACUUAUUCAUGCUUUAAAUCUCCUUAGUGAAAA